AUGGGUUUUCAGCUGGAGUUCAAAUCUUCUGCUUCCCCCACGACCAGAGUACAUCUGGUUGAAAGAGAAAAAGCAGAGCGAAAAGCUGAUCUUUUGGAGAAAAUGUUGUCAGGCACUAGCAGAUUCCCUUCUUAUAUGACUAUGAAAGGACAAGAAGAUUUAUUGGAUGUUUUCCCAGUGAAGGUGAGAACAAAUUCCAAGGCCAACAACUUUGAGAGAGACAUUUUUCAUACUGAAGAACCAAAUCACAAGCAGAAAAUUUGGGAUGGAUGUCAACAAGAUUUGAUACAAGAGGAUAAACAAGCAUCAGAGUUAGACAGACAGCCAUAUUCAUGCGGAUGGGAAACUGAAACUGCACAAUCUCAAUAUCAGAAUUUCCUCAGUCAAUUGUCUACUCUUCUGAGUGAUAGCAUUGUUCCCAUACCAGCCACAGAGGAAGCUGUGAAAGAAAGGAUACUGGAAAUCAGUGAAAAUGAACUCUCUUGGAAAUCUAGAACGGAAGGCCUACAGCAGGAAAUUCAGAUGCUCACUAAGCAAUUGGAACAGCUGCAUCAGAUUUACGAAGAAACUGCUCAAGAAUCACCUCAGGGUGGAGAAAAUUAUAGGGAACAAAAAAAACCCUUGAAACGUCUAGAUGCAAAGGACAACUUCAGAACUCUGAAUUCUCAAGUAGAUAAGCAUAACAAGAAGUUCAAACAAUUAGAGAUGUUGUUGAAUAUUCGGCAAAAUUUACAGAUUAUUACAACGCCAAUAUUGGAGGAAAAAAUUCAGAAACUUCAGAAACAGCUCAGUGAUUUGAAAUUAUCAAAUAAAAAUAUGAAAACUCAACUGACAAAAAUAAAUGUCCUUAAAGACAAAACAAUUAUGAAGCUCAGGCAAUCUUUAACAAAAGUUGAAACAAUGAAGGAGAAGGUAGUUAUGAAUAUAGAUGAUUUGAAAACUACAUCCGACUCUGCAGAGCAAGAAGCAAGAUCAGACAAAGAGAAGGCCCGUCAGAUGUUUGAUACUGUCACUCCUGAGCUCUCUAUAGCCAAGAACGAGCUUGAAGUGUCAGGACAAGAACAAGAGCUUGGCGACUUUCGAGAAACUAUUUUGAAGAUGUUGGGAUUUGACAUGAAAACAGCAGACAAAGAAAUCAUCAAUCAGUUAAAGCUUAUUAUACAAGUUUAUGAAAUAUCUAACAAAUCAAAGAUUGCUUCUGAUUGUGCGGCCAAACUGGCGGAGCGACUUCUCGGAAUAGUCCGCUAG